AUGGAGGAAGAGGGCUUGAACAAUAUGAUGAAGUAUGGGAUUCUUGGAUGGACUCCGGUUUCCCGCCACACUUGUAAAAAAGAUUGUAUGAAGGUAUAUGAAAGUGAGAAGGCCAAAUUGAAGACUUUGUUGAAGAUUGUGACAAAAAUCAGUUUGACUACAGACUUAUGGAAUUCAGGGAAUCAAAAGAUGGAGUACAUGGUGUUGACCGGGCAUUGGAUAGAUAGUAGUUGGAGGUUGAAUAGACGUAUCCUCAACUUUGUUCAUCUACCUCCUCCCCGGACUGGUAUUGCGAUUAUGGAUGGCAUUUUCACAUGCCUAAUGGGAUGGGGAAUUGAAAAUAACGUAUAUACUAUUUCUGUGGAUAAUGUUUUAAGUAAUGAUGUUGCGAUGAAGGUUUUGAAGGAAAAUUUUAAAGUUUCGGGGAAACUCCUUUGUGGAGGUAAACUGUUUCAUGUGAGAUGUUGCGCACACAUCUUGAACCUGAUUGUUCAAGAUGGACUUCAUCAAAUUAGGCACAUCAUUGACGACAUCUAUGAGAGUGUGUUGUAUAUCAACAGUUCCGAAAGCAGACUCAAGGUAUUUUCUAAGAUUGUUCAACAACUUAAAUUGCCGUAUCGGAAACUUAUUCUUCAUUGUAAAAUAAGGUGGAAUUCUACCUAUGAAAUGUUGGCAAUAGCAAUUAAGUUCAAAAAGGUUUCUCCAAGAGUGAAAGAGAGGGAUAUCAAUUAUCAUAAUAAUCUGAGUGACGAGGAUUGGGAAAAAGUGGAGAAAGUUUGUGAAGUUUUGAAAGUAUUCAGUGGUUCAACCAAACUCAUUUCAGGAAGUGAUAAUCCAACAUCUAAUUUAUUCUUGAAGGAGGUGUGUGCAGUGAAAUGUAUGUCGGAUAGUAAAAGUGAACCUGAAGAUGAUUUCAUUAAAGUAAUGGUUAGGAAAAUGAAACAGAAGUUUGAUAAAUAUUGGGGGAAUGUAAUAUGUUGA